AUGGCCAAGGACGACGAACGCGAUGCUCCGCCUACGAUAGGGAGCGGCUACAUUGGCGCCCAGAUGACGCGGGCUUUGCGCGCGUUGCAGGAGGCUGCCAAUCGAGAGCAGCGCCAGUCCGCACAGGCACGUGUCGAUCGCUGGAGCCGGCUGCUCGACGGCAAGGCGCUUGACCUGCUGCAGCACGGCUCACGAACGCCCAUCGAGGGGGCGCCCGCAUGGGCAACGCCGGAAGUGGUUACCGGCGGCUUCGCCACCGGUGCGCUGUUGGCCGGUGGGCCCCUGCUGGAUUGGGAAAGGCACCUUGCGGCCCAGGUGCUGGACACGGGCACCGGCAAUGAGCGGCAGCGCCUGAACGCAUGGUGCCUGGGCGAUGAGGGCAUGGCCUGGCUGCACGCGCGGUUGCAGCAGGGCGACUAUCGCGUCGGCGUACCGGAAGAGUCGGCGCUGCUCACCGUGGCCUGGCUCCUGCAGCAGGGGGCGCAUGCGCAGGUGGAAGCUAUUCUGGCCGCCAUCGUCGGCUGGUUCCCGAGCCUUCGCUUCUAUCCGGAGCCGGUACCGUUGGCGGCCGGGACUGAAAAGCUGCCGGCCGGGGGAGACUUCACCCUCUUCGUGGAGACCGCCGGCGCCGUCGUUGCGCAGUUGCAGCGGCGUACGAGUUCGGCACGGGUGAAGACGCAGCAUCACGUGCUGAUGCAAUGGCGCCCGUUGUACGCGACCGCUGUCGGAUUGCUCCUGCAGACCUGGCGCGAUGGCCAGCCCUGCAUGCAGUUCCCGCAGGACUGGUUGCCGGAUGCGAAGCAGGCCGUGGCCACGUUCCGCACGUUGCGCAGGCAAUCACCCGCGCGCAAGGCGAGCCGGCAUCGUGAUGUUGAACUGCUGGAGUACCUGGCGUUGUGCGUAGAUGGUGUGGUGCUGACGCCACACCAGAGGUCACGCGUGGGCCAGAUCGUGAACGAUCACGCAGGCAAGCAUGGUGUGCCUGACUCGGACACCUACGCGGCACGCAUGCGCUUCGAGCAGGAGAGUGUUGCUGCACCUCCGCAUGCUGCGCUCGCACGCAUCGCCGCCAAUCGUCUGCGCCUGUUCCCUGCCGAUGCCGGUGUCGUGGAUGUUGCUUCCCUGCAGCGGGACGUGCAGCCGGAUGAAGCGACUUCCCUGGUUGCGGCGGGUAGCGUUCUGCCCCGCACGCUGCGACAGCAUGUGGCCCGGUGCCAGCAGGGCACCGUUGAACAGCUUAUCGAAGCCGGCCUGGUUCCUUCGCUCGAGUCGCUCGCGCUGCUGCUUCCGCAGCUGGGUGCGCGGGUUGCCGAGCGCGGCUUCACCGAUCCGGCGCAUGGUCGUCUCUAUGCCGCCUGCCGGACCGCUUUCGAUGCACGUCGUUCACUGUUGCUGUUGAACCUGCAGUCGCAGGUGCGCAUGGCGGAGUUGCCAUGGGCUGCUGGACUGGAAAGCGAACGGCAGCGCGGGACGCCUGCCGCCCAGCGGAUGCUGGGCGACGUCGUGGCGCUUGCCUUGCGCCACUACCCGGAAACCCCCUUGCCAAACCCCCUGCUGCGGCAGCUGCGGAGCCUGGCGGACAGUGCUGGUGCUGAUCUGCCCCUGGCGGAAGAGCUGGCCGCAGAUAUCUUCAUGGGCGCGUUCGCCCCCGGGUUCGCGGCAGCGGCACGGCAUGCCGGACGGUUCACCGCAGGCAGUCUGUACGCCCGUUACUACGGUAUCGACAGCAUGAUGCUCGAGCGGCUUGGCGAACCGAGGCCCCGAACGGGCCGACGGUCGCAGCAUCGGGUAGACGAUCUGGCGGGCCUGUGCCUGGCUCGGGCAGACCUUGCGCCGGGCCAGGCAGGGCCCGCCGCGAAUGGUGCAGUGAUCGAACAGGUGCAGAUCCUGACCACCCACAACCUGGCGGUUCUAUUCGACCGUUUCCAGCUCGACGCGGUGCUGGCCGAGGAACUGCCGGACAUGAUCCAGCGUGGUUUUUCUGCGGUCUGUACCGACCUGCAGCAGGUUGCUCCGCAUUGGCAUGCAUGGCUGACGGCCCGCAAGCGUGGUGCCUAUGCGUGGCGGCAGAUGGUGUUCUUCCUCUCGCGCCUCGAUGACGCUGGCCUGGCGCAAUCCAUGGCGACGCUGAGGUCACUGUUCGCCGCACAACCCUCCGGUUUCCAGCGGCGUUUCGCGCCCGCGAUGGACGGCCUGGUGGUGGCGUCCCAGGGCGGGCAGCCGGCGCAGGUACUGCUCGGCUGGAGUCCGCAGUCCUGGUUGCGGCCGUACACGCCGGAGGGGUACCUGUCCUCCCAUCCCUCUGAAUGGACCGAAUUCUGCGACGUGGGCAGGUUGGUUACCGUCGAGGAUUACCAGAUCGUGGAGAACGCCUAUCUCGAUGCCAUCCGGCGAUUCUGCGUGGCAGCUGGCGUGGAUUCGCUGUGUAUCCAUUCACUUGAACGGCGUGAGUCACGCGACUACCACGAGGGCCAGCCGCUGGAUCUGGACGGCAUCGAGCGGGUGGCGCGCGAUGCGCUGCGCAACGUCAUCUGGUGCAAACUGGUGAGCGAGACCGCCGAAGUUCACUUCGGUUACGACUACUACAUGUACCUGGUGUCGUCGGUGGAUGCUGAGUCUGCGCUGUUGGAGGCCGAUCCGCUGUUGAACAUCCAGCGCUACCGUUCGCCCUAUCUGCGGGAGGAAGAGGAGUAG